AUGGCCAACAAGAGAAAAAGAGAUAAUGCGCCCGAGAGCGAACCUGUCGGGAAAACAGAACAGCAAUCAACCAAGAAAGUCAAGGCCCCAGCACCGACCAAGGCUGCGCGCGCCAGCUCUAACUCCAGCACUUCCGCGACCCCAUUCAAAGUGGGCAACACCUCCCCGAUAACUAUCCAAGUCGUCGCCGGCUCCUACGAUCGCGUCCUUCACGGUAUCACCGCCACCGUUACUCCCACGACCACUACUACAACCACUGCUACCCCCUCGAAGAACAACAAGAAGAAGGCCGCCGCCGCCGAAUCCAAAACCUCAUACAAAGUCUCCUUUGCCGACACCUUCCUCUUCAACGCCCACGCCUCCGCCAUCCGAUGCCUCGCCCUCUCCCCUCCCUCGGCGCCCACGCCCGGCCAGAAGGGCGGUCAGAAGAUCCUCCUAGCCACGGGCGCCACCGACGAGCGCAUCAACAUCUACAACAUCUCUGCGCACCCGCCUUCCGCCAAGGCCGCUGACGACCAGAAGCUUCUCAACAGCAUCACCCCCCGCCCGGUCCUCGAGAACCCCAAGAACCGCGAGCUCGGCACACUCCUGCACCACUCCUCCAACAUCACCCGCCUCGUCUUUCCCAACCGCUCCAAGCUGCUUUCAGCUUCGGAGGACUCCACCUGCCCCAUUCCCAAGGCGCAGGGCAGGCCGUCGGGCGACACGGCUGCGCUGGGAGCGGUUCCCGCGGGUGUCAAUGACUUUGCGGUGCACCCGAGCAACAAGAUCAUGAUCAGCGUUAGUAAAGGCGAGAGGAGCAUGCGGUUGUGGAACUUGGAGACGGGCAAGAAGAGUCGCGUGCUGAACUUCCCCAAGGAUGUUUUGAUGGAGAUUGGCGAGGGAAAACACAGCACGGGCGAGGCGAGAAGGAUCGUGUGGGGCGAGGACGAGUUUGCGGUUACUUUUGAUCGCGAUGUGCUGGUGUUUGGCAUGGACUGUCGCCCGAGGUGCAGGGUCAUGAGGGAGGAUGUGGUGGGGACCAAGAUGACAAAGGUGCACGAGAUCAAGUAUGUCAGUCUUGGUAAGGAGGAGGGACAAGAGGAGGAGAAGCAUGUCCUGGCGGUGGCGACGGAGGAUGGGAGGAUAUUGUUCUUUGAUACGGCUGAGUCCGAGUUGAUUGAGCCACCUGCUCCCAAGGAGGAGGAGCAGCAGCAUAAGACAAAGCUCUUCGAAGCCAAGACGCCUAAUGCCAAGCUGAUCGCUCAGCUCGGCGGCAAGACGGCCGGCGUGUCGGGCAGAAUCAAGGACUUUACCAUUCUCCCCGUGGAGGACGAGGAAAGCGGUAAGAGGUCGUGGUUCGUUGCCAGCGCGGGCAGCGAUGGCCGCAUUAGGAUCUGGCGUCUUGAGAGCGGCGACCUUCGUGUUCGCAAGGAGGAGGAGGGCGUCAAGGCCGGCAGACAGGUCGGCGAGCUGUUGGGCACGUACGAGACGGAGAACAGAAUCACUUGCUUGGGCGCGUUUGUCAUGAUACCCAGACCCGAGGGAUCGGUCGAGAGCGAGUAUGAGUUUGAUAGUGAGGAGUCGGAGGAUGAGGAGUCAGAUGAUGAGUAGAGCAGUAGUGUGGGGUUGGAGAUGAUGUUUUGAUUUGUUUAGCAUAAUUGAUGUAUAAA